GACGUUAGUGACGUUCCUGUUUAUCUGAGGCCUGAGGAAAUUAAAAUGAUAAAUGAUACAAAAAUAUAAAACCUCAAAUAAUAAUUGUGAUAAGAAUUUCGUGUGAUUUCUGUUUAAAUUAUUAUUACCCUUGGCUGAGUACGUCCUUUGAACAAAAAUCGAAGCUAUAUUUUUCUUCGACGGAGAUUUUUAAAGGGACCACAACUAACCUGUCAUAACCCAUGGUAUAAAGUCAUAACCUAUAACCACAGAAACAAAUAACACUUGUCUCUGAGCAUAAUAAUAAUAAUUGAAAAAGUCUUCCUAUCCGAAAGCAGCAGAAUGGUGGUUGGUUAUGCAGAAUUGUUCAAGUUUGUGAAAAAUGCAAUUAAAUAAUUAUAUCCUGUUUAAUGGAGGAAAUGCCAAAUAAAUGAUUCGUAGGAAAAAUAUUUUGUUAGUGGCUAUUCUUUUCCUUGUAGUCUUUGUCGUGACAACCAAUUACUUACUUUAUUGGUUACCUAGACAAAGUGAUGUUACUAUUACAAUUGAGGAAAAUAUUUAUCUAGAAUUAAAAAAAUUACCAAUUUACUACAAAAUCAAUGAGGCUGAAAUUGAUGAUGUGGGAACUUUGUUAAAAAAAAUUAACAUAGUAAAUAUUACGCACGCUUAUAAUGGUAUAGAAAAAUUGUGGAAACUAGCAGAUACCUGGCCAAACAAAACACAGAUAGUGGAUAUUCAUAGUCCUCAACUAGGAGAUAUUCUUUCAUUAUUAAGUCAGGCUAAAAUUGUUAAAGCUGAUUUAGAUCAUCGAGGUACACAACUUAAAUUGUUGCUUACUUUAGAGGGUGGACAGCAAGUCAUUUUUAAGCCAAAAUGGUACGAAAUAGAAAGAGUUUUGGAAGGACCAGUAUAUGUUGGAAAAGAUCGUUACAAUUCAGAAAUAAUAGGCUUCUAUCUUUCUCUUAUUUUGAAGAAACCUUUAUGCCCCUUAAGUGUAAUACGACAAGUGUCUUUACGUCAAGACAUUUUACCAGUUGCAACUAGAAGAUUGAUUGAAACAUCUUUUACCAAAAACAACAGAACAUGCAUUUAUGGAAAAUGCUUCUUUUGUAGUAUUAAUGAUCCUGUUUGUGAUGACGAACAUUCGAUUUUAGAAGGUGCUGUGAUAUUAAACAUUAAGGCGUCUUUAAUAAAUCAUCGAUCUCCUUGGCAGCGUACAUAUAAAAAAGAUAAAAAUGCCAUUUGGCAAGAAUAUUCCGAUAGUUAUUGUGAUAUAGUAAAAUCCAAAAUAUCAAAAAAACGUUUGUAUGAUUUAAUAGAUGUAUCUGUAUUUGACUUUUUAAUUCAAAAUGGAGAUAGACAUCAUUAUGAAACGUUUGAAGAGACUGUAUUAUGGUUGGAUAACGGAAAAGGAUUGGGUAAUCCAUAUAAACAUCAUUUAGAUAUAUUGGCACCACUUUAUCAGUGCUGCAUGAUGAGAAAGACGAUGUAUAAUAAUCUAUUACAUUUGAGAGGAGGAAGACUUGUAGAACAGUUAAGAAAAAUACCAAAUAUAAAUAAGCUUAUAACAAGUGAACAUUUAAAAGCAGUAGAUGAAAGACUUUUAAUUAUUUUUGCUACCAUAGAAUAUUGUAAAAAAAGCAAGAAAGGAAAAAUCUGAAGAAUUAAUUUCAAACAUGAGUAAAGUAGUUACCCUUUUGUCAUUGCAAGAUGAUGGAAAUGUCAUCGUGAUACAUUAUUGGAUGUCUUUCAGAAAGUGAGUUUUGUUAUAAUACUUGUGUUUUACAAUAAAUGUUAUGUGUAUAAGAACCAAUUUUCUAAAAUAACAUUUCAUAAGUGUAAACAAUAAAC